UCACUUUCAAUCAUUGUGAAUUAUUCGAGUGUUGCAGAAUUGACGUGUUUUACGUUAGAGUUAUUUUCGUUUAUCUUAUCGUGUUCGUCAGUUGUGUGGUCCAGUCAUCAUGGUUACUUCUACCGCAAAAGCCUCGUCGGCGUCUUCGCCCAAGAAAGCUGCUUCCAAGUCGAAACCUACCUCUGUGAAGGUUAAAACCGCUCCCCAUCCGUCAACGGCCGCUAUGGUCACUCACGUUCUUCAAAUUCUAAACGAACGUGGUGGCUCUUCGCUUCAAGCUAUCAAGAAAAUGGUCAGCGGCACGUUUAAACUAGACAUUGAGAAAAUCUCGCCGUACAUCAAGAAGUACGUUAAACAAGCCGUCGAGUCAGGUGAAUUGGUUCAAACCAAAGGCGUCGGUGCGUCUGGUUCGUUCAAGCUUCCUCCGAAGUCGAAAUCGAAAGCCAAAGCCAAAGGUGACGCUACUACGACUACGAAGAAACCCGCACCUAAGAAAAAAUCCGCUUCGCCGAAGAAAGAAAAAACCGUUAAAACGACCAAGGCGAAAGUUUCACCGAAGAAAGCAAGUUCGCCCAAAGUAGCAGCUACGAAGAGGAAGGCAUCUUUACCUACCAAACCGAAAAAAGCUCCGGGUAAAGCGAUGACGAAAUCUGCCAAAGCUCCUCCGGCGACGAAACCGAAAUCGCCUAAACCAAAGACGAUGACGAAGAAAGCAGCCAAUCCAGCGAAAAAAACUGUGACCAAGAAAUAAAUUGAAUUUAUUUCCGUAUUAAAACGGCCCUUUUCAGGGCCACCAAUUUUGAUUUCUUCUAUACAUAUGUGAAUUAAAAAGA